UGUGAGUUUUAGGAUCUUGAACUUUCGGAGAAGGAGCUUCCGUGCUUGUUGUCGUCUGCUGCCGUUGUUUUCGCAUCAUGCGCAAAUUGUCAGAAAUGAUCCUCACCAGUUCAAGUACCGCCGAGAUGUCGAGUGAAGACAUGCAGCAUUGAAAGAAAGAGAGGGAAAGGAAGAUAAAGAGAGGAAGAGAGAAAGAGAGAAACGCGAGGAAACGUCAACAAAGAAACUGGUAUCAACGAUGCAGCAACGGCCGAGUCGGUAGUAGACUAACAUCGGAGAGAGUCAUCGACCAUUAGAUCGAAGUCGAUGAUGCGACGCGAUGGAAUCUGGUCGACGUCUCCAGGGACUCGUGAGAAUACCAAAGUGAAAUCUCUCAUGUGAUGAUAAAAAAUCGGAGUUAUCUGUCGUAUUGAAUGAUUGAUAAGCCCUGAUGUGAUGACGUCGGUGUUCAUACCUUCGACACGCGUGUAAACCGAUAUCUAAGAAUGACACAGGGUAUUCAACGAGUACAUGAUACGAGCACGUAGCUGUGUAGUACAUAGCCGAUGGGAAACACGCAUAUUCGUUGACAGUGCUACUAAAAAAAGGAAAAAAAAAGUUGAAAUAGCUGUCGACUUGUGAUAUCUAUGUCUCCCAGAAGAUCCAGACUAUCUGAAUACGGAUAUAUAAGGAUAUAUAACAUCAAGCUUGAAAAAGUAAUAGCGUAAGAGGGGAGCACUCAUAUCUUGUUUUACAUGCAUGCCCACUCACUAAGAAUAAACUUACUAAUUUUAUUAACGCUUGACGCAAGAUGUAAAUAUGCGCCACACCUACAAGGAGCUUUCUGAAGUUAGUGCGACUAACUGACGGCUUAACGAUUAAACCGAGGCUUCCUCUGAUAAAAUGCACGAGAAUAAUGAUACUAACGAUACGAGAGAAUACAAUACAACAGAUGUCACUGAAUCUAUUUUGUACACUAUUCUGGUGAAUGAUCUUACGACAGUUUCCACAAGCAUGGGAAGUACGGUCUAUAACGAUAGUGUAUCCACAAUGGCAUAUGUAGAGUUGGACAGCGAGAAUAACCAACGAUUAUGGAAUUUAUCUAAAACCACUCUAACAUCACUGUCUGAUCCCACGGCAAUUCCGUUUAACACCACAAGAAGCACCACAGUAUACACAUCGACAACUGAAUCUUUCGAUGAGUUCGGUCCACCGGAAGGAGUAGAAUAUAUUUUUGUGCCACUUGGUGUGGUAGUCUCUGUUAUUAUACUAUCAGCUGUGGUAUGGGUACUGAUUAUAUCGAGAAAACGCAAGUUGGAGCGUUUAAGACAUAGACUCAUGCCAAUGUACAACUUUGACCCCGGGGAAGAAGAAGAGGACGAUUGGGAGACGGAACUGUUGGACGAGUGUUAUAGCACACAUCAGAGACGACAAGGAUACCAAUCCAUGGAUACUGAAGAGAACGCAGAGUUAUUCGGUGGUCAUUAACAGUACAUUUUUCGCAUGGCAUUUGUGUCAUUUUUUCAUCAAGCUAUGACUAUCAUAGGCUAAAUACAUUUAUUUAUUGUAAUUCUUAUACAUAUGAAGUUCUUAAGCAUACUGGAAUUUACGACUUCAGCUGAGAGCUAUAUUUUUUCUUAUACAAAUUCUCAAAGACCAAAGUUUUAUAAAAAUAAUAGUGCAUUUAUUAGAAAUAUUUAAUAAUUCCAAUUUUUUCUUCAAUUUUUAUAGCUUAAAUCAUUUAAGACUAUACAUCGAAUUAAAUUUUAAUCGUUUUAUUAAAAUUGAAUAUACGUGCACAAAUUUUAAAGUAUUAUCUAUUCUAUAUUAUGUAUACAAAACACAUUGACUUUUACGCAACUAAUUUCAUAAUAGAAAAUAUACAUAUGAAAUUUUUCAC